AUGGCCGCCCCGCCCCCUGGCGCCGCGCACGGCGCCACGCCCGGCCGCGCGGCGCAGCACCCGCGCCAGCUGCUGCUGCAGGUGCAGCGAGCGGCCCCUGGCGCGCUGCGGCCCGGCGGUGCGGCCGGCUUCCGCUGCUGUUGGCCGCCGUGCGCGGGCGAGCCGCUGGACGACGCCACGGCCGCGCUGGUGCACCUGGUGUCGAGCCACCGCGGCCAGCUGCGGCGCGCCGUGCCCAGCCUGCUCGCAGGGGACGUGGACGCCCUGCUCUCGCAGGUGGCCAGCCAGCUCGGCGAGCAGGCCACGCCAGCGGGCAUCGAGGCUGUGCGGGCCCUGGCAGGCGACGACGCGGGAGCGGCGCGUCGGCUGCUGAUCGCGGCGCUGGAGUGCGGGCCCCUGACGCCCGAGACUGUGGCGGCGGCGGCCCGCGAGCAAAAGAUCGCGCUUGCGCGCGCACCGCGGCCCUGCCAGGCGCCCGUGGCGGCGUGCUGCGCCUGCUGCCCGCUCGUCGAGGGACACGCCACGGGGUGGCCGCACGCUGCAGAGCAGAUCUCCGGAGAGGGCAGGGCCGAGCCGUCCGAGCUCGUAGACGUCAGGUUGAGAGGACUUCGGAUACGCGUCUCCGCAGCCUCGAGGGAGGCGCAGGUGGCCGGAGGGAGGCAGAGGGCGGCGCGGCCGUGCGCUCGCAAGCCGCCCCGGAGCGUGGGCAAUCCGGUCGUGAACCUCGCGGACGCUGGCGCGGCGCCCGGCCUCUGCCUGCGGCCGCUGGCCGCGAGCGGGCCGCGCGCCGCGGGCAACGCGCCCGCCGCGUCGCCGCCCUGGCGCUGCUGGCCCUCGCCGGGCCUGCGGCGGCCGGCUGCUGCACACCGAGCGUCAUGCCACGGGCACCACUGGCCGCAGGCACUGGGCCGCCGGCUGGCCUCGGCACGCGGUGGCCGCGCCUGGCUCGUCCUGGUGCAUCACCAGGCUCGUCCUGGCCUCGGCACGCGGUGGCACGCGGCGGCUGGUCCUGGCGGCCUGCACGCGUGGACGCGCCGCUUCGGCGCGUGCGCCGCCGCGUGCACCGCCGUGUCCGCGGACGCCCGGCUCGCCCCGCCCGCCCUGGACCCCGGGUGCCACGGCGCCGCGGGCGCUGCCUGGCAGGCCGCGCUUCUCUGGGUGGGCUGGGCGGCCGCGCUGCGCUGGUCGCCGCCGUCGUUGCGUUCGAUGUGGUUCCUGGAUCCCAUUGGAGCGAGGCUGCAGAUGCUGGUGCGACAGUUGAACCUCCUGGGCACACUCGACGAUGACACCUUCGUCUUCAUCGAUUACAUGUGUCUUCCCCAGCACACCAGAUCAGAUCAGAUCUGGAGUAAUCAGAAGCUGGAGCAGUCAGACAAAGGUUUCAGGGCGGCCCAUUCCACCGACAAGGGCGACGCGGCAGUGGUCGCCAAGUUGAUCGAACAGAUCUUAGCCCGGAACCCGAGGCCGUGA